AAACUCUUUCUGUCCCGCCGUUGCCUCCCGUCCACCAAGACGCUGUGGGGGGGGGCUCCGACGUUGGAUUGGACUUCACUCCUCUCUAGUGGACUAUGCCCCCCUCCUUUCAGUGAGGGAGAGAGGGGGGGUUGGUAAGGUGGCGAGACAUGCGCUCCUCAUCCUUCCACCUGGAGAAAGCUCGAGUUGAUCUCACAGUAGAGCGUCGGUGGUUCACGCUGAAGAUGCAAACUUCAACUGCCUCACCCGAAAGCAACACAUCAUCACCUCCCAGCAUCACCAAAUCCAAAGAACAAAUCCUCAUCCAGAGUUCUGGUGCUAUGAUCGCUGUCAUCGUCAUCGGUAUUAUUAUCAUCCUCACUAUUCUUCUAUUCAUCCUAAAGACGUACAACAAGCGAACCCACGCAUCCCGACUUCUGGGGUCCAGCGGGGUCUCCAAACCUCAUAAGAAGGCGUCCCAGUCUGCGGCUCCAAUCAUGCCCAUGGCCACCAUCGGAGUCAGCUCGUCGAACCUCAGCUCGUCGCCGUCGCUGAGAGCAGAACCGAGCUCUCUGCAUCCCAUAGAAGAGUUCAGCACGGCCAGUGGAUCCACGGCGGUUACCAUCCAUGACACGUCAUUAAACACGUAACAUCCGCUCAAAAGACUGACGCGCCUGUCUUUAUAGACUGAAUCCUGUGUGGAAACAUGACUUUCUUGUUAUGGUUAAUCCGAGACUAAAUGUGAACAAAAAGACACCACAAAAGGGCUUCAGGAAGGAUGUGAAGUGAGGCUGCUUUUUGUAUCAAUAGUCAGUGUUUGCACUACCAGUCCUUGGUUGGUCUUAAUUGUGUACAUUUAUUCAGUACAGCUGAGUAUCACAUUUAGAAGACACCCAACCACUAUGAAAUAAAAAAGGAUUAAUCAUUCCUGGUUGCCAGUAUGACACGUUUUUAGCUCAGAUUUAUACUUUAUUUUUAGCCCCCCCCCACCCACACAUUUUCUUGGUUUAUUUGUAAAACAAACCAGUUUUGCACUUUACUUUUCAUUGUUCUUCAUAUUUGUAUCUUUUUUUUAUCUUUAGAUCGCAUUGGAAUUGAAUAAAACUGGAUUUUCAGGCAUUCAGUUACGAUGCAAAU